AUGGGCGUCUCCUUCAAUUGUGAUAAGCACGCCCACUGCCUUACCGCAGCCAUUGCUGUGCAGAGCCCACACUUCUGGGUAGAUGCUGCUGUGCACAGCGAGGUGGUCCUGCUGAAGGUCCCGGGUGUUCCAGGGGACAGAUUGGUGUUUGCUCCGACCGGACCCCUGGACCGCGAUUACGAUGACGUGAGGAGAUUCACCGAUGCGGCCGUCGCUGGGAUGAAGAGAGCUCUGAAAUCAGGGAUGCAGAGCCCCCUGCUGGUGUGUCCCCCACACAACACCUUGAAGGAGAGCACGCUGGUGUCUGUGCUGGGUUCUCUGCAUGCUCUGUAUGUGCCUCUGGAGGUGCGAGAGGCUUUCCCAGAGAAGUCUCACAAGGUGGAUGUCCUGGGGUUUUGGGUUCCAGGGGAGGCGGAGGGCAGGAGGAUCAAGCAUCUGGCCUACGCGCUGGAGAGCGGCCGGGUGGUGUGUCGGGAUAUCGGCGGCUCGGACCCCGAGAGGAUGGCAGCCCCCCUGGUAGUGCAGUACGUUAAGGAGCUCUUCAACAACACCCCCAUCAAGAUGAGCGUUGUGAGUGACGUCAAGCAACUGGAGAAGAAGUACCCCUGCCUGGCAGCCGUGAACCGCUGUGCCAACGCUGUGCCUCGUCACCAGGCCAGAGUAAUCAAACUGGAGUACGCUGGAGAGGGGCCCAUCGAUCAGACCCUGCUGCUGGUAGGAAAGGGGAUCACCUACGAUACGGGUGGAGCCGACAUUAAGGCCGGGGGGUUUAUGGCUGGAAUGCACCGGGAUAAGUGCGGCUCUGCAGCCGUGGCAGGAUUCUUCCAGGUGUUGGCUGAGCUGAAGCCCAAGAGUCUGAAGGUGCUGGGUGCCAUGGCGAUGAUGCGGAACAGCGUGGGGGCCGAUUGCUAUGUGGCAGACGAGCUCAUCACAUCUCGUGCUCAGAGGCGCAUUCACGUGGGGAACACGGACGCUGAGGGCAGGAUGGUGAUGGCAGACCUGCUGUGCGAGAUGAAGGAGCAGGCCUUGUCUGAGGUAGCCCCUGAGCUGUUCACCAUCGCCACCCUCACCAGGCACGCCAUCCGUGCCAUGGGACCCAAUUACUCUAUCAUCAUGGAUAAUGAUCCAGCCCGGAUUGCUGGGAAUGCUCAGCAGUGGCAGAAAGUGGGUGACAAGCUGGGCGAUGUGUUUGAGAUCUCCACCGUGCGCCGAGAGGAUUUCGAUUUCCACCGCGGCAUGUCUGAGUACGAGGACUCAGACUCACCCCUCUCUGGCUCUGGGAGCGACGGCAGCUCCUCACCCCUCUCUGGCUCUCGGGAAAGCGGCUCACCCCUCUCUGGCUCUGGGGACGAUCAGCACGGUGUGGAUUCAGAGAAGCCACUCCGAUAUUCCCACAUUGACAUUGCCGGAUCGUCUGGACCGUUCCCUGGAAUUCCCACUGGAGCGCCCAUCAUCGCCAUGGCAACCAAUUACAUCUUGCACCACCUCUGAGAACCAGACAAGCGGAAGCAAGGUCCUGGUACUGCGGUUUAAAUACCACCAAAUCGGAAGCCAUCGCUGCCAGUCACCAAUCAGGAGCUGGCUGUGCGGCACACACUCAUCGGGAAACAAAAAAGCAACAAAAAUCAAUUAAUCUCACUCUCUCCUGCUUCAAGCCAAUCAAUCAGACAGGAGCUCUGUAAAACUGUAAAGUGUUGCACAA